AAAGAUGGCUGCACUGACGGCGGAGCACUUCGCUGCGUUCCAGACCUUGUUGAAGGCAUCCUCAAAAGAUGUUGUCAGACAGCUGUGUCAAGAGAGCUUUUCCAGUUCAGCCCUUGACUCCAAAAAACUCUUGGAUAUUACAUGUUCCAGCUUGUCUGUGACCCAGGAGGAGGCAGAGCAACUGCUCCAGGCUCUGCAUCGCCUCACUAGACUGGUGGCAUUCCAUGACCUGUCUUCAGCCGAGGCCGUUCUGGCUCUCUUUCCAGAAAAUUUCCACCAAAAUCUCAAAAACCUUUUGACAAAAAUCAUCCUAGAACAUGUAUCUUCUUGGAGAACUGAAGCCCAAGCAAAUCAGAGUGAGUAUUGAGACAUCUGUCUGUACUUCUUCACCCUGCUCCUAGCGCCAGCUCCACCAGUGACCAGACUUUAGCCAAAAAUCAAAGGAAACUAUUGUAGUCCCAA